AUGGCAUCAAAAAAUAAACAAAAAGAAGCGUCGAUAGCUGUCAAAUUGGAAGAACCUCUGACAAGUGAAUCCUGUUCGAAAAUAAUUAUUGAACUAAUAAAGUAUAUAUUGUUUCAAAAACAGCAAAUACCAUUUUCUUUUGAUACUUUAGUGAAGAUUCAAACUAAAACAAAACCAUCGGACAGGAAUUACAAUUCUACUAAAUCACUAUUUAAUACUCUGGAUAACAUGACCUCCCAGUUGUCAUCGCAGUUACAUUUAUCUGGGUGCGAUGUAAGAGAAGUUGUUGUGGUUAUUGGUGCUACUACUGUCACACCAAAGUUUUGUUUGAAACUUAAAUUACCUGGAAUUAUUUUAAGUAGCAGAAAACACGUGGAGCAUCAGCAUUCUUUUAGAAAACCUCUUCUUUCUUUAAUGAAGUCUUUAGUUGAGAGUCCAGAGUUCCAAGAAGCGAUGACAGUACCCCUAGGCUUAACCAACACCUUCAUAUUGCUUCAAAAAAGCGAUACGAAUGCCAGAUCUGACUAUUUCAUGCCCAAACCUCAGUACAAUUUGCCAGUCCACUCGAGCACGUGUUUUACUAUUAACUUGUACCACGAGGACUUCAUAUUAGACUGCAAGUGUGAUAAUUUAGUGAGGGUGUACAACGACGACCAGCGAGAACUUGUUGCGGGUCUAGAAGACGACGAGCCUGACAGAAGAAAUUGCAAUAGACCAGAAGACUCAUAUCUUUGGUACCAGUCCAGGGAAUCUGUUAGAGGAUUUAAAUUUAUAAGAUAA